GGGCUGGCUGGGCUCCAGCUGGCCUCUGCAUCAAUAUUUCAUCGCGUCAAUAGGAGGCAGCGGCGGGGACAGCCACUGCAGCAGCACUCGCGCCAGCUCCAGCCCGCAGCUUGCAGGGUGAGUUCAGCUCCCAUCCUGCCUGCAGCAGCUGAGCCCAGCCCUGCCUACGGUCAUGGAUGUCUUCAAGAAGGGCUUCUCCAUCGCCAAGGAGGGCGUGGUGGGUGCUGUGGAGAAGACCAAGCAGGGGGUGACGGAAGCAGCCGAGAAGACUAAGGAGGGGGUCAUGUAUGUGGGAGCCAAGACUAAGGAGGGUGUUGUGCAGAGUGUGACCUCAGUGGCUGAGAAGACCAAGGAGCAAGCCAAUGCUGUGAGUGAGGCCGUGGUCACCAGCGUCAACACUGUGGCCACCAAGACUGUGGAGGAGGCAGAGAACAUCGUGAUCAACACCGGGGUGGUGCGCAAGGAGGACUUGAAGCAACCUGCCCCUCCACAGGAAGAUGAGGCAGCCAGAGAGGAAGAGGAGAUAGCUGAGGAGGCCAAGAGUGGGGGAGACUAAAGGGUUGCAAGUCAGCACAGACACCCAAGGAACACAUCUCUGACCUGGACCGAAUCCCCUCUUGGCACGAGGAGCGCUGGCCUUGGCGUGUGACCUGCAGCUGCCCACAUUCCCCACCCUCGCCUGGCUGUCCAGGCCUAUCUGCCCAGACCUGUCUGCCUACAUGGCCCUCCCUUAGCCCUUCCUGCCCUCUGGUCCUUCUGACCCCAGAGAUGCUGCUGUGAAUUCUGUGUGUGUGUGUGUGUGUGUGAUUACAAA